AUGCAUGUAUUCUACUUACAUCUUCCAUGGAGGAUUGACGAAGAGGAAUAUAACUGUAGUUCACGACCACUUUCUGAAUGGCAAAAUCGCGGCUCCUACAACUACGCUCAAGGAAUAUAUUUUUCAAUGGCAGGGACUAUAUUCAUCGUUCUAUACGUGCUCUGCCUAGUCGGAAUGUACCGGGGACAUCUGCUGAGGAUCCCAUGCUACAGACUCAUGUUGAUUAAUGGAUUUGCUGACAUUGCUGAUCUUGUGCUUACAUCAUACGUCACAGCCUACUUUCACUUUACAGGUGGAAUAUUCUGUUCGUCGAAGAAUUUCGAAUGGAUUGCAGGACAUCUGGCUUACAGCUUAUGGUUUGGAGCAUCGUUCAACUGUAUGGUUCUGGCCUUCAAUAGAUUAGUAGAAAUGGUUCCUGCUGCUCGGUCUCUUGGAUUUUUCUUUGAAGGGAAAGUUCUGUACAUGUGGACGUCUCUUUCCAUAUUCUACAUGAUUAUUGUGUGGUUUGUACUGAGACCAAUUCCUUUCAACACAGUUAUAUCAGCAUUUAUUGGCCCACCUAUGAUAGGAGACCCAGAAUGGGAGCAUCAACAUUAUACCUCCGCAUACUUGUUAUUUUACAACCUCAUCGUGACACUGGUUAUGCUUACUGUGUAUCCAUAUCUUUGCUGGUAUGUGAGAAAAGUUAGUGUUGCGCACGGAAAUGUGGACAAAGCCCAAAUGCAGAUUUUUACACAAGUGCUAUGUGUUUGCGUAACGACAGCAAUUGCAGCUUUACUAUAUGCAUCGAUUGAACUUCUCCCGUCAGUACCCCGAGUUGUUAUUAUUGCUGCGCACGUGCUAUGGCAUUUAAGCCAUGGAAUGCAUGGAGUAACGUAUAUGUGCUUUAAUCCUCGAAUUCGUAGAGAAGUUUUUGCCCUUUUUAAGACCUUCAAAACCGUUCCCUACACAGUGUCAAGCACUAAUCAGGGAUUCUAA